CAACAACCGGCGCGAAAGUAAACACACAUCGUUCGAAAAUUUCGGUUGUGGUUCGUGGUUUUGUUAUUUUGUUCGAUUUUUCAGUACAAAAAAGCGUGAUUAAUUUCAGAAUUUCUGUUUAUAAUACAUGUUACGUUCGUUAUUCAACGUUAGAAUAAGAAGAUUUUGCUCAGAUACUAAACCGGGCAAUGCCGCAGUCAUGAAGUACCUCAACGUAGCAGAGAAAAACGAUGCGGCCAAAAACAUUGCCGGUUUACUUUCGCGAGGGUCUUCCCAACGGCGCGAAGGCUACUCCCCGUACAACAAGAUCUACGAGUUCAGUUACAAUAUCCGGGGCCAGCCGGUCCAGAUGGUAAUGACCUCCGUUUCGGGCCAUUUGCUGAACUAUGAGUUUCUUCCUUCGUUCCGAGGAUGGCACAGUUGUAAUCCGGAGCAGUUGUUCGAUGCUCCGGUUCGGAAGUCGUGCACGGAAAACAUGGGCAAAAUCAAACAGACUUUGGAAAGGGAAGUCCGAGGCUGCCAAACCCUGGUCAUUUGGACGGAUUGCGAUCGCGAAGGAGAAAACAUUGGAUUCGAGAUAAUCGAGGUUUGUCGGGCCAUAAAACCUGGGAUCAGAGUUUUGAGGGCGAAGUUUUCGGAAAUAACGGCGGCCUCGGUAAAGCGGGCGGUCGAAAAUCUGGCCGCACCGGAUGAACUGCAGAGUGAGGCCGUAAAUGUGCGCAGCGAGUUGGAUCUUCGGAUCGGGGCUGCCUUUACCCGAUUCCAGACACUUCGGCUGCAGAAUGUGUUUCCGGCGAAGAUCGUCAAUAACCUGGUCUCGUACGGAAGUUGCCAGAUUCCGACGCUGGGCUUUGUCGCUCACCGAUAUAAGGAGAUUGAAAAGUUUAUUCCGCAGGAGUUUUGGAAAAUCAAGUUAAAUCACACCAUCGAUGAGCUGACGGUGGAGUUCAAUUGGGCGAGGAAUCGUCUUUUCGAUAAGCAAUGCUGUGAGGCGUAUUUGAUGCUUUGUCAAUCGGAACCACUGGUUAAAAUUGUUAGCGUUACGAACAAACCGAAAAAUAAGUGGCGUCCAACGCCAUUGGAUACGGUCGAAUUGGAAAAACUUGGAUCGAGAAAGCUGAAAAUCAAUGCCAAGCAGACAAUGACGAUAGCGGAAAAACUGUACACCCAAGGUAUCAUCAGUUAUCCUCGUACCGAAACGAACAUGUUUACGAACGAUAUGAAACUAGCGCCACUGGUGGAGAUGCAAACUGAUAAUCCCGAGUGGGGUGGAUUUGCACAGAAAGUGCUUCAAUGGGGACCAAAUCCUCGAAAUGGCAAAAAAUCCGAUCAAGCGCAUCCUCCCAUUCAUCCAACUAAGUAUGUCUCCAACCUAACUGGUGAUGAGAAGCGGAUAUACGAACUAGUGGUUCGCCACUUCCUGGCCUGCAUAAGUAAGGAUGCUGUCGGAUCGGAAACUGUCGUCAAUGCUGUUCUGGCUGAUGAGGAAUUCACGGCUUCCGGAUUGUGCAUUCUUGAGAGGAACUAUCUAGAAGUCUAUCCGUAUGAUCGAUGGAAUUCAAGAGAGAUCCACCCUUAUCAAGUGGGACAUACGUUUGAACCAACGGAGCUGUCGUUACAUCAAGGAUCGACGACGGCACCGAACAUGCUAACCGAAGCGGAUUUGAUUGCACUAAUGGAGAAGCAUGGUAUCGGAACCGACGCAACUCAUGCCGAACACAUCAACACGAUCAAGGAACGUGGAUACAUCGGGGAAGCUGAAGGCAGAUAUCUAGUUCCGGGAACACUAGGUAUGGGAUUGGUAGAAGGCUACGAAGCGAUGGAGCUUACGUUAGCACAGCCAGAACUUCGAGCCGGACUCGAAGCGGAUCUAAAAUUGAUAUGCGAAGGAAGAAAGGAUCCCAAGGUUGUACUAGCAGAGCAAAUUCAGAAAUACAAAGAAGCCUACCGAGUGAUAACUCAAAAGGCGAGAGCCCUCGAUCAGGCUAUGUCACAACGGUUGAAUGAAGCGCCCAAAGAUGCUCCUACGAAUCAGUUUGCUUCCACUGGAAACAAUCCUCUACAGGAAGUUUGCAAGUGUCCCAAAUGCUCACAGAUGAUGGCUCUCAAGAAGAAGAAAGAUGGGAAUAGCUAUUACUUGGGUUGUCUGGGAUUCCCCGACUGUAGAAACACCGUUUGGUUUGAUGAGAACAUCAAGGAAGCUUCCGGAACUGACGAAAUAUGUCCAAGAUGUGGAGGAUCUAACAAGAAAAUGACCAUCAAGUUCAAACAGAUUCGAUUUUAUGGAUUGUUGAACCACAUGAGCGCCGAUGCGUACAAAACGUGCAUCGUCUGUGACAAUAAGUUCCGCGAGGUGCUCGGAAUCGAAGAUAGCCUAGUGAAACAAUUCCGGUCAAGUGGCAUACGAGCGGAUGUGACGAUUCCAGCAAGGGGGAAUGCUCCCACGGGAAAUACCACCCGAGGCCCGGCCAAUCCCCCAAAUCGCCCACCCCCGACUUUUCCCAGCAAUCCAUCCAGCGGUCGAGGUACCGGAAGCGGAACCAGCAAUAACGGUCGCAACGGUUGGGGCAACAACGACGAUGAUGACGAUUUCCGUGGGGGAGGUGGAGGAGCUAUCUCUACCGGAAGUCGUACCAACAAUACCUUGACCAGCGGAUGGGGUACUGGUAAUAGCAGUUGGAACUCUUCAAACACAUCGCAAACCCGACCAACCCCUGCAAGACCCAAUCAGCCGAAUUCCGACUCGACCUGGAAUAGAAACAGAAACCCUCCCGCCGGAGCGGACGAUGGAGAGGUGCGAUGUGGAUGCAAUCUGCCGGCGAAAUCCCUCACCGUCAAGAAGGACGGUCCCAAUAAAGGGCGGCCAUUCUUCGCAUGCCCAAUGGAACAAAGCAAGCAGUGCGGAUUCUUCAAGUGGGGCGACGAGGACAACACGCAACAGGGAGGAUCCUCGGGUAGUUCCACUUGGGGUCAAAGCAGACCUCCACCUCCUCCGCAGAAUAAUCAGCGCGGGGGUGGCGGAAGCUGGGGUGGAUCCUCUUCGGACUGGGGACGAACGAAUAACAGUGGGAAAUCGAAAGGAACCGGCAACAAAGGGGGAGACCGUCCGAAAGCAACGAGAAAGUGCGGGUUCUGUAGGCAGGAGGGGCACACCAAGGCCAAGUGUCCGCAGCGGAGUAACAUGGAUUUUUAACGCUUUAUACUAAGCGUUUUUGGUUGAGUAUUAUAGUGCGAUGUUUUGUAUAUAUAAAAUACUUUGAACGUUUACAAAUGUUAAUAGUGAAUGUGAUAACAUCAUAUCCCAUUAUUGAAUGCUUUG